AUGGGAAGGAUAAGGAAGAAUGUUGGUUGCACUACAGCGUCUCGGCCUGAAGGAAGCAGUACUCAUGCUGCACAACACCAUGAUGUCAUUGAAAGUUCUCCCGUGGAUAUUUAUAUUCAAACGAAAAGAAAGAAAUCUGUAUCCUCAGCAGUUAUGGAAGGAAUAUCGGAAUCUGCACAUGGUAAAAGACAAAGUGGUCAUGCUAAUAUAUAUGGCUAUCUCAACAGCACUGAUCAGUUAGAACAAUCCACUCAUUUCGGAAGUACCUCUGCCUAUAUUGCACCUACUUAUCAAGCGAAACUUUCUACCCAACUUCGUGGAAGCUCCACUUCAGCCAUGACAACUUCAACGAGGAUUGCAUCCAAAGAUAUCACAGAUUAUGGAGGAGUAAGUAAACCACAACAUCCAGGUAUCUGUGACAGAACAAUUGAACAAAACACUCAGCAGCCAGCAGAUUUAUCGUAUUUGAGACACAAUGGUAGCACGGCUACUGUGAAUUGUUCCAGACUUUGCAACAUUACCAAUUUAGCAACUAACCUUUCUCCCAAGCUUGAUAAUGCUGUUGGUGCAGACGAAGAUGAAGCGAAUGGUGACUCAGAUUGUGAGGUUGACGUCGUAGAUAUAAAUGAUUACGAUAACGUCGAUCUAUCCACAGAAGGCUAUAUUGAUGAAGGUGAUGCAGAUUAUGUGUGCCAUUAUUGUGGUGCUUUGAUGUGGUUUAACGAAAGGCUUAAGAGAGCUCCUUCCAAUGAAUAUCCUUUGUUCUCUAUUUGUUGCUGCCAUGGCAAAAUAUUGGUUCCUCUUAUGCAGCCUCCACCAGAAACAUUUCGUAAACUUUUCUUUGACAAAGAUAACCCACAAUCAAAGCGUUUUUUGUCAAAUAUAAGGGCAUACAAUAACAUGUUCUGUUUCACUUCAAUGGGUGGAAAGAUAAACCAUUCUAUUAAUAACACUGGAGCAGGUCCCUAUUCUUUCGUUAUGUCUGGUCAGAAUUACCACUUACUAGGAAGCUUGCUACCUCCUGAAGGAUCUCAGCCAGUCUACUCUCAGCUCUAUAUAUAUGAUACUGAAAAUGAAAUAUCUAACAGAAUAUCCGUUGUCAGCAAGCAUUGUCAUAGGUCUGCAAUUGAUCAAGGAAUUACACAAGAAAUAAAGGAUUGUCUUGACAAACACAAUGGCCUUGUCAUUAGUUAUCGGAUGGCAUCUGAAAUUCUCAAGCGUGACCAGCAUUCUAAUGUCAAUAUUCGUCUCAUUAGGAAUUCAGAUCACAGUGAUAGGGUCUAUGAUAUGCCAACAGCAUCUGAGGUUGCUGCUUUACUGGUUGGAGACUUUGAUAGAUCAUAUUUCAAACGAGACAUAAUUGUUGAGAAAAGAGCUGGAGCGUUGCAAAGAAUUGAUGAAUUGCACAAAGCAUACAUUCCCCUGCAAUAUCCUAUUAUUUUUCACUAUGGAAAUAAUGGAUAUGAUUCAACCAUUAAACAUAGUGAAACCACUCUUACUCAGACUAAAAAGAGGAAGACUCUAACCCCACGGGAGUACCUAUCUUUUAGAUUGAUGGAUAGAAAUAAUGAGCAGUCUGUUUUGCUACACUCCAAAAGGCUACUUCAACAAUUCAUUGUUGACGGAUAUACAAUGGUAGAGAGUGAAAGACUCAAUUAUAUCCGUAAUCAUCAAAAAGAGCUACGGGUGGACAUGUACAGAGGUCUCACUAAUGCACUCACCAGGGGUGAGACAGAUCCAUCUCGCACAGGAAAAAGGAUUAUACUUCCAUCCUCAUUUACUGGGGGAGCCCGAUAUAUGGUACAAAACUAUCAAGAUGCAAUGGCACUAUGCAAAUUUACUGGUUAUCCUGACUUAUUUUUAACUUUCACAUGCAAUCCAGCAUGGCCAGAAGUAAAGAGAUUCUGCAACAGGCAUAAAUUAAAUCCAGCUGAUCGACCAGACAUAUUAUGCAGAAUAUUCAAGCUGAAGCUUGAAGCGUUAAUGAAAAUCAUUAAGGAACAAAAAAUUUUUGGAAAAGUAAGAGCAGAAAUUUAUACUAUUGAAUUUCAGAAGAGAGGUUUGCCACAUGCUCAUAUUAUUCUAUUUCUAGAUCCUUCUGACAAACCAAACACUCCUGAUGAUGUAGACAAAAUGAUAUCUGCAGAAAUACCAGAUAAAGAGAGAGAUCCAUUACUAUAUGAUCUUGUCAGCAAUUACAUGAUCCAUGGACCGUGUGGAGCUUCUAACAAGAGAUCUCCUUGCAUGAAAAAUGGGAAAUGCUCUAAGUACUUUCCCAAAAAAUUUGUUAACCAAACCUCGAUAGACGAGGAGGGUUACCCUACAUAUAGGAGAAGAAACGAUGGAAAGACUGUUAAUAGGAAGGGUAUUCCAUUGGAUAAUAGAUAUGUUGUUCCUUACAAUGCGACUUUGCUGAAGCUAUUUCAUGCCCACAUUAAUGUUGAGAAAACAAAUCAAUCAACUGCAAUAAAAUAUUUGUUCAAGUAUGUUAGUAAAGGAAACGAUCGAGUUGUUGCUGGCAUAUACAACAAUGAUCACUAUGACAAUGGAAACAAUGGUUUCGACGAGAUCUCUCAUUAUUUGAACUGUAGGUACAUUUCUUCCUGUGAAGGUGCAUGGCGUAUUUUUUCAUUUGAUAUCCAUCAUAGAUAUCCCUCUGUAGAGCGCUUGAGUUUUCACUUACAGGAUCAACAGGCUGUUUUCUAUUCAGACAAGGAAUCAGUUAGCUCAUUAGUUCGCAGACCCAGAAUUAAGGAAUCAAUGUUUCUUGCAUGGAUGGAACGAAAUUUAGAUGAUCCAUUUGCCAGGACUUUGACAUAUGUUGAGUUUCCACAAUAUUAUACUUUUAACAAGCAAAAAAGAAUUUGGAAGUUUAGAGAAAAGGGAUUUGCAGUUGGGAGGUUAGCACAUGCAUCGCCCUCUCAAGGUGAAAUAUACUACCUUAGAGUACUAUUGACAAAAGUAAAGGGACCUCACAGUUAUGAACAGAUAAGAACUGUAGAUAAUGUUGUCUACCUAACUUUUCGAUCUGCUUGCUAUGCUCUUGGAUUAAUUCAUGAUGAUCAAGAGUUCAUUGACGCGAUAAAGGAAGCAUCAUUUUGGGCUACAGGAUGUUAUCUCAGGAGAUUCUUUGUGUCCAUGCUACUAUGUCAUUGCAUAUCACAACCACACCUGAUAUGGGAACAAACAAAAAAUCUCUUAUCUGAGGACAUGUUCUACGUACCUCGAAAUAACCCUAGGUCUGCAGAUUUAAACAUAAGUGAUGAUGACAAGCAACAGGCAUGCUUGAUUGAGAUUGAGAAGUUGCUACAGAUAAAUGGCAAAUCUCUCCAUGAUUACCCAUUAAUGCCAACGGCAAUAUCUACCGAGUAUUUUGAUAUCAGGAAUCAUUUGGUCCUUCAAGAAUUAAACUUUGACAGAGAUAUGUGUCAGAGAGAAGCGGAUAGAUUGGUAGCAUUACUGACAGAUGAGCAGAAUACUAUAUUCCAGCAAGUAAUGAAUGCAAUGAACCAUCCAAAUGAUGAGUUCUUUUUUGUGUAUGGUUUUGGUGGUACAGGAAAAACUUUCUUAUGGAAAGCACUCACUGCAUCAGUUAGAGCUCAAGGUGGAAUAGUGAUCAAUGUGGCAUCCAGUGGAAUAGCUGCAACCUUAUUACCAUCAGGUAGAACUGCACAUUCAAGAUUAGCAAUUCCAAUUGAUAUUAAUGAAGACUCCACAUGUAACAUAUCACAAAAUUCACCAUUGUGCGACCUCAUCAAAUUCGCAAAGUUGAUUAUUUGGGACGAAGCUCCAAUGGUCAAACGUUUUUGUAUAGAAGCUGUUGAUCGGACCUUUAAAGAUAUUAUGAAGUGCAACCAUCCCUUUGGAGGCAAAUGUAUUGUCAUGGGAGGAGACUUCCGACAAAUAUUGCCUGUGAUCCCGAAAGGUAGUCGUGCGGAUGUCAUCAAUUCAUGCAUCAACUUUUCUCAUUUAUGGUGUCAUUGCAAGUUAUUCCAACUUACAAAAAACAUGCGGUUAUCUACAAGUUCAUCCACAUAUGAUUCAAGGUUACAACAAUUUUCAAAUUGGCUUUUAGACAUCGGUGAUGGCCAGAUUGGAUUGCCUCAUGAUGGCAUGGCAGAGAUAGAAAUCCCAAAUGAUCUUCUAAUUCUAGAUUCUCAUGAUCAUCUUCAAUCAAUCGUGCAUGCCACAUAUCCUGAUCUAUUAGAUCAUUUGACUGAUUCAACAUAUCUAACUAAUAGAGCUAUUCUGGCACCAACAAUUGAAGUUGUUGAGCAAAUUAACGAUUAUAUGUGUUCCUUACUACCUACUGAAGUUGUUGAAUAUUUUAGCUCUGAUUCUGUUAGUACUGUUGAUCAAGGCAACACCUCAUUCCAAGAGUUGUAUACAACAGAAUUCUUGAACACAAUAAAAUGCUCUGGCUUACCUCCACAUAGACUUGCCUUGAAAGUAGGAGUUCCUAUAAUGCUCAUGAGAAAUAUAGAUCAGGCUGCAGGACUCUGUAAUGGCACAAGACUGAGGAUCACAUUUCUUGGUAAACACUUUAUUAAAGCAAUCGCUCUCAAUGGCACAAGUCAAGGUCAAGAAGUUUUGAUCCAUCGAAUGGAUAUGAAUCCAUCAGAAUCUAAACUACCAUUCACAUUGAUAAGAAGGCAAUUUCCCAUCAUCCUAUCAUUUGCUAUGACAAUCAACAAGAGUCAAGGACAAUCAAUGACCAAUGUUGGCCUAUACCUUCCUAGACCUGUCUUCACACAUGGCCAGUUAUAUGUUGCUCUGUCAAGAGUUAGAUCUAUGGAUGGCAUCAAAAUUCUAAUACUUGAUUCAGAGAAAAAGCCAACCAACAAGACGAUGAAUGUGGUCUAUAGAGAAAUAUUUCAAAACAUUGUGUGA